CUAAAUUCAUGUGUGCAAACAGAUUUCCAGCAUGUUGCAUGACGCUCAAUUGACAACAAAUACCACGAUGCCCCUAAGACCUACAAGAUCAGAAGGCAAUGCAUAACUGCUUUAAAAUGACUGAUAGUACAAACAAUAUUUAGAUAGAGCAGCAUGUAAACCAAAAGCACGUUCAUAUAGAAGUGGUUAAACAGAAAUAAGUCAUAUAAAAUUCCAAUAUUGAAUUAUGAUCCUACUUCAGCAUUUUUGCAUGAAGUGGCUGCUGCUCUUAAGAAUUGAACCUAUACCCUUGUGGUUGCAAAACUCAUGCCACUUCUAUGUUUAAUCUAAGGAGUAGGAAUGCUGAAAUUCAAUUAAUUAUUUGUCUUUGAUUAGAUUAAUGAGCUAAUAUAUAUAUAAGUAGAUGUAUUAUGUUUAAGUUUCAAUCCUUCAUAAAACAUAUUAAAUGACAUGUAAUUGUAUAUUAUAUGUAAUUAUAUAUUUUGAUUUCAUAUGCAGGUUAAUUUUUAAAUUUCAAAGAUGGCACAACAAGAAACAACAAAUGAUCUUCUUGUGGAACCUUCUCAUCCACCUCCAGUUGCUUCAAGUCAAACCGAAGUUGAUGAAGCAACUUCUAAAAUGAAGAGGAAGGGCAUGAAGCCAAGAUCAGCUGUUUGGGAUCACUUUUCAAAGUUUGUUGAUGGUAGUGGCACACAAAAAGGCAAGUGCAAUUACUGCUAUAAAGAAUUUUUCUGUGACCCCAAAAAAAAUGGAACUACUGCACUUAGAAAUCACAUGUUUGCAUGCAUAAAGAACCCACAUGUUAUGACUACUAGGCAAUCACAAUUGUAUUUACAACCAUCUUCUAGUAUACAAGAGGGAGGGGGAAGUCAUUGUGGUACACUAAAUACUUGGAAUUUUAAUCAAGAGAGGUCAAGGCGGAACCUAGCUAAAAUGAUAAUUGUUGAUGAGCUCCCAUUUAUGUUUGUGGAAGGGGAAGGGUUUAAGGAAUUUAUGGAAGUUACGCAACCUAAGUUUCGAAUUCCAUCCCGUUGGACAGUUUCAAGGGAUUGUUAUGACUUGUACAUGGAAGAGAGAAAAAAAUUGAAGAAUUACUUUCAAAAUUCUAAUCAAAGGGUUUGCAUUACCACAGAUACAUGGACUUCAUUGCAAAGAAUCAAUUAUAUGUGUAUCACUGUACAUUAUGUUGAUGAUAAUUGGACAUUGCAUAAAAAAAUUCUUAAUUUUUGUCCAAUUACUAGUCACAAGGGUGAUGAUAUUGGCAUGGCAGUUGAGAGUUGUUUGCUAAAUUGGGGAAUUAAGAGAGUGUUUACAGUAACUGUUGAUAAUGCAAGUUCAAAUGAUGUUGCUAUUGCCUAUUUGAAAAAGAAAAUAGUUGGUUGGGGGUUUAGCAUUUUAAAUUGCAAGUACCUUCACAUGAGAUGCAUUGCACACAUAAUUAACUUGGUUGUUGUUGAUGGAUUGAAGGAAACUAAUGUUUCAGUGAAAAGGGUUAGGGAAGCAGUGAGAUAUAUUAGGCAAUCUCCUGCUAGGUUGCAAAAGUUUAAAUCAUGUUGUGAGAUGGAGGGGAUUGAAAGUAAAAGUUCUUUAUGCUUAGACGUGUGCACUAGGUGGAAUUCUACUUAUUUGAUGUUAAAUGUUGCACAAAAGUUUGAAAAUGCAUUUGAUAGAUAUGCUACUAUAGAUCCAUGCUUUAAAUUUGAUCUUCAGUCAAGUGAUGGUUUGCCAGAUAGUUUGGAUUGGGAAAAUGUUAGGAGACUUGUAGAUUUUUUGGGCCACUUUUAUGAUCUUACCUUGAGAAUAUCAGGAUCUCGAUAUGUCACUUCUAAUAUAUUUUUUAAUGAGAUCAGUUCAGUUGAUUGUUUAUUGCAAGAGUGGCAAGGGAGUAAUGACGUAGAAUUGGCAUGUAUGGGUGAAAGGAUGAAGGUAAAAUUUGAUAAAUAUUGGGGGGAUCCUGAUAAGAUGAAUAAAAUAGUUUAUAUUGCAGUGGUGGUUGAUCCUCGAUAUAAGUUGGAAUUUAUGGAAUUUGCUCUUUCAACUGUGUAUGGGAAAGAAAAGGGUAUGGAAUUGGCAAAGAAAAUUAAAUUGACUGUAUAUGAGUUGUUUGAUGAAUACAAGAAAACAUAUCAAGCUGAACAUGAUCGUGGUAGCAAAUGUAGCUGGGAAUACAAGUGAAAACAAUGAAAGUGAAGGAGCAAAAAAGAAAUCACGGUUGAAUUUGGGGGAUCAAUUCUUGAAACAUAAAAUAGAGACUGGAGAAGCUAAUAGCAAGUCUGACUUAGAUUGCUAUUUGAAUGAGGGCAUUAAAGUGGUGGAUGAAAAAGAAGAAUUUGAUAUAUUAAAGUGGUGGCAACUUAAUUCUGGUAGGUUUCCCAUCCUUUCAAUCAUGGUAAGAGAUAUAUUAGCAAUGCCUAUAUCUACAGUUGCUUCGGAAUCAGCCUUUAGUACUGGAGGUAGAGUACUUGAUCCUUUUAGAAGUUCUUUAACUCCUAAAAUUGUUGAAGCAUUAAUAUGUGCACAAGAUUGGUUGCGGAAGUCCCAUUGCUGCAAAUCCAUUGAAGAGCAAAUUGCUGACCUUGAAAGGCUUGAAGAGGCAUUUUCACUUUGUGAAAUAAAUAGCAUCAAUGAUAACACUGUGAACCGGGAUACUUGAUAUUACAGCAUUCAGGCUUGCUAGUUGGAGACAAAGUGAUGGAACUAUUGUAAUAUUUUAAUUUGUAAUUGUAUGAUUUUUUAUGUUGGACACUUGCUUAUUUGCUUUCAUGUUUGAUGUAUUUUAUGGAGUUUGUUUAAUGUGGACUGUAUAAGAACUUUUAUUUUA